GUGUGGAUGGUAUACGGGAUCAACAUGUCCAGACGGUAUCUAGUGGUAGCCUCUUCAGUUGUGAUACUAAUAGUUGUCGUUUUGGCUCUUUCCUAUCAAAAAGAUACCCUCUCCUCUACUGGUCUCUCUCGCCUCCAUAAGUAUGAUCCCACUCAUCCCAGGCCUGGGACAACUGGUAUUAUUAGCCUAAUAGCUAAUGGGAGCUCAUCUCCUCCUCCUGUUUCUAUUUACCAUACACAGACACCUUCAGACACAACUCACUCCACUCCUCCAGCUGUUAGUAAAGCAUCAACUCAGGCAACUUCAGUUUCACUCAUUAAUCCAAAAGGAUUAGCAGAAGAUGGAUUCAUAGAAUACAGUUUAGGUGUGUCUCCAUUAUCUGACAUGAAGUUAGUGGGUCAUAGAGUACCUGAGAAGAUACUCAUUCCUGUUGAUAUCAGUGAUAUUUAUUUCUCUGUCAAAACUGCUUCAAUAUAUCCAGACAGACUAAACACUGUUAUGUUAACAUGGGCUCAGACUGUUAGCAUUGAACAAAUAUCCUUUACAACAGAUAAAGCUACUAAUUGGACUGAUGCUUUUGCAGCAAGAGGUUAUAAGAUAAACUUGGCACCUCACUGUGGACUAGGACAUGAACACUAUUUUUCUCUCUGUUGUAAAAGUGGUGUUGAGUACGAUCACUUUUAUAAAUCAAUAGAAUCCGGUAAAAAUUACAAUUGGUUGUGUCAUAUUGAUGAUGAUCAGUAUUAUAAUGUCUGGAAACUGAAGAGAAUGUUAAUAAAAUAUGAUCCUAACAAGCCAUGGUAUAUUGGAAAGAGCCAUCAUGGAUUCACUAGUUAUAAUUCUUUUCCAUUUCCUGAAGCUAAGAGGCAUGAUUAUAAAUUCAACACUGGCAAUGUUUAUUGCUUGAGUAAACAGACAAUGAAAGAAAUUGAGAAAUAUUUAAGGGCUAAGAAUUUCCCUAAAUCGUGUGAUAAAACUAGACAACCUGAUGAUGUCACAAUUGCUAUUAUUAUCGUUGGUGUCCUUGGCCAUACUCCAACAGAGGAGAAGCAGAUGUGGUCACAUUUAGAAUUACUAGAUCAACUACCAAAAGAGGAGUCCAUGAAAAUGAUAUCAUUUGGUUAUGGACAUUUAGAAGGAGCUUAUCAUGGCAGAUGGAACACUUCAUUAAACUUACCUAAUCCUCGCUUCUCUUACAAUGCUGAUCCUACAAGAUUUCUCUCCUAUCAUUGUAUGGUGUAUCCUAAACUGAAGUGGUGUCAAUAAUGAUAAUUUUUAUUUUUUAAUUGGCUUUAUAAUUAUAAUUUUAUAGUAAUAACUAAAUUCUAGUAUACACUAAAGCUUAACACCGA